AUGAUGCUGUCUCCUACCAACCUGGUUACUGGAAUCUCCAGUAGUAAAGUGAAGUACUUAAGGCUUUCCAGUACAGAUGAUGCCUACACAUUGGCCGUGAAAAAAAACACUCUUAAGAUCCCAUACGAAACCAUUGCACUUACUACAGUGCUGUUUUUUAUGGGUGCCUUUUUCAUCAUAGGCUCCCUCCUGCUGGCUGUAUCAACAAAGGGCAGGCUGGAACAUUCAGUCCUGAUCAUUGGCGUCCUGGUGUUCCUGCCAGAAUUUUACCACCCGAGCAUCUCCUACUAUGUAUCCAAAGGCUACUGA